AUGCAACUACCAGUUCCCCUGUGCCUCUACUCUAACAGCGGUGGCAGCUUGGCAGUUAGCGCCAGCGCCACCGCCCCCACCGCCACGUACCGCUGGUCACCACUGACACGUGAGCGGUUGCAUACGCAUGCAGGAGCCCACACGGUGGGGCAGGCGCAGUGCCAGAACUACCAGGCCAGGAUCUACAACGACGCCAACAUCAACGCGGCCUUCGCGGCGUCGCUGAGGGCCGGCUGCCCGGCGGCCGGCGGGGGCGGCGCGAGCGCGCCGCUGGACGCGUCCACGCCGAACGCGUUCGACAACGCGUACUACGGCGACCUGGUCGCGCAGCAGGGGCUGCUGCACUCCGAUCAAGAGCUCUUCAACGGCGGCUCCACGGACGGACUGGUCAGGAGCUACGCGGCCAGCUCGGCGCGGUUCAGUAGCGACUUCGCCGCAGCCAUGGUCAAGAUGGGCGGCAUUGGUGUCCUAACCGGGAGCAGCGGAGAGGUCCGGCGCAACUGCCGGAGGGUGAACUAG